AUGAGACUUUUACUUUCUAUGAUUUCUCCAAAAUGGAAGAAAAAAGAAAAGAUUGCUAUUUAUAAUCAGGAAAGAAUGGAAAAAAUAAAAUCAUUAAAAGAUGAAGUUAUAAAAGUUAUGGAUGAUAAAAAUGAUAUUUGUAAAAUUUUAGAUGCAGCUGAUUAUUCAAAAUUAAAAGAUUUAUUAUUUAAUGGAUAUGUUACACCGUUAGAUGUUUUAAAUUAUUAUCAAAAGAAGGCAAUACUUGCUAAUGAGAAUUUGAAUUGUGUAUGUGAAUUUAUUGAAAUGAGUAAAGAAAGAGCCAUUUACCUUACUUCAAAGUAUGAUAAUUAUGAGGAAAGAAAAAAAUUACCAUUAUAUGGUAUUCCAAUAUCAAUUAAAGAAUGUGAAAAAGUUGCUGGUUGUCGUAAUACACUUGGAUAUGGAUUCAAUUUAGAUAAUAUAGCAACUAAAGAUGGUUCAGUCAUUAGAAUUUUAAUUGAUGCUGGAGCAAUUCCAUUUGUUACAACAAAUGUUCCACAAAGUUUAUUAUCAUUUACUUGUAGUAAUCCAAUUUAUGGUGUAACAAAAAACCCACAUAAAUUAGACUUUACACCAGGUGGUUCUUCUGGUGGUGAAGGUGCACUGAUUGCUAAUGAUAGUAGUAUUAUUGGUAUAGGUGGUGAUGUUGGUGGAAGUAUUAGAAUCCCAGCAGCAUACAGUGGUAUUUGUGGAAUUAAACCAAGUCAUUUAAGGUUCUGUUCAUAUCCAGCAGCUGGUUCUGUUCCUGGAAGACCUUUAAUUAAUGCUUCUGCUGGACCAAUGUCAAAAUAUGUUGAUGGAUUAGUGGAUAUUUGCAAAGUAUUUUUUAAUGCUUCUACAAAAGAUAUUGUUAGAGAUUUUGAUCCAUAUAUUGUACCAGUUCCAUGGGAUGAAGAACAAUUUCAAAGUAAAGAUAAAGUUAUAACAGUUGGUAUGUAUACAUAUGAUGGAUUUUUUGAAUGUCUUCCUGCUGUAACAAGAACUGUUGAAGAAGCCGGAAAUUAUUUAAGUCAAAUGAAAAAUGAGAAUGGUAAAGAGAAAUAUAUAGUUAAAUCAUUUAAACCACCAAAUAUACCAGAAGCUUUUAGUGCAUUCUUAAAAGCUGUUAGUGUAGAUGGUGGAGAGUAUCUUAUUAAAAAUUUUGAAAAAGAUAUCAUUCUUCCAGAAUAUAAAAAAUUGUUAUUUUUAAUGAAUCUUCCAAUUUGGUUACGUAAAUUGGUAUCAUUUAUGGUUAAACCAUUCUCCUAUCGUUUUUCUCUUAUUGCAUCUUCUGUUCCAAAAUCAACAAGUGAUUUGAGAAAAACAUAUGAAUUUAUUCAAAAAUAUAGAUAUCAAUUUAUUGAACAUAUGAAAGAAGAAAAUAUUGAUGUAUUAUUACUUCCUCCAAACGGAACACAUUCUAUGCCACAUAAUAUGCCAUAUGAAAUGAUACCAGUUAUAAGUUAUACAGGAGUAUUUAAUCUUCUUGAUUUUGGUGCUGGUGUUGUUACAACUUCCAAAGUUAAUGAAAAAGAUAUUGAAAAUUUAGAAAAUUAUAAAAUUAAUGAUAGAUAUAAUAAAAUAGCAAAGAAAAUUGGAAAAGAUGGAUUUGGAUUGCCAUUAGGUGUUCAGGUUGCUGCUCCUCCAUACAAAGAAGAAACAGUUUUAAGAGUUAUGAAAGAUAUUGAAACAAUGUUAUAUGUAUGA